GGUUAUGUACUCUGUGAUAAACAAAUAACAAUACAAAUAUUCUUGGCGGGAAUUCAGUAUCUAAAUGUUUAAAAUCACCAUUUGUUAUUAUUACUCCAAGUAAGAACAUAAAUAUGGAAUUGUAGUUUAAUUUAAAUUCAAUAUGCGACGUAGAGAAGAUAAGUUUCCAGAUAAUGGCUUUGAGGCGUGGGGUGGGUAUAUGCAUGCAAAGGUUGCGAAGUUGGAAGAGCAAUUUGCUUCUGGAAUCGGGAAAGAAUGUAAACAGACUGAUUUAUUUAAAGGGAUAAGUAUAUUUGUCAAUGGAUUUACGACACCAUCAGCAGAUGAAUUAAAAGAACUAAUGGCUAAACAUGGUGGAGUGUAUCAUAUUUAUCAUCGAAGUGAAGAUUUUAUUAUAGCUUCUAAUUUACCAGACACAAAAGUGAAAAAAAUGUCUCUGGCUAAAGUUGUUAAACCUCAGUGGAUAAUAGAUAGCAUAGCUACUCAACGUGUUUUGGACUACAAAGACUAUUUACUAUAUCGCCAUUCUAAGUCACAAGGAAGACUUCAUUUUAAUCAAAUAAGUAAAGUAGAAGAUCAAGUAGAAUUAGUUAAACCUGAAAAGGUUAAUGAUAGAUGUCCAUAUAUAAAAAAAUCAGAACAAAAUAAUGAUAAAGUAUGUAACAGCGAAAAAAGUAUUUCAUCAGAUGGACCUGUUAAAAGUUUAUCCUUAGGUAUAACUUCUAAGAAAAGUGAAGUAAACACAAAAACUGCAGCCGAUCCCAACUUUAUAUCUGAAUUUUAUAACAAUUCCAGAUUACACCAUAUUUCACAACUCGGUGCAUGUUUCAAACAACAUGUCAAUGAUCUGAGAGAAAACAGUAAGUUCAAUUUUAUUGCACGUAAUGACUUAAAAACCAGAAUAUCCAAAUUAAGCAAUUCAAAAAAUAAAUUAACAAAGUCAGAUUUUCAAAAUGAAAAAACAAUUAUGCAUAUAGAUAUGGAUUGUUUCUUUGUGUCUGUGGGCUUACGUAAGAGACCUGAACUAAGAGGCAAGCCUAUUGCUGUUACACAUUCAAAAGGUGGACAAAGUCAUCCAAAGAGAUUAGGAGUUGAUAGAGUGACUGAAUUUAACAUGUAUAAACAAAAACAAGCGAAGAAGAUUAGUAAAGCUUCUGGUGUUCCUGAAGAAGAAAUUGAUAUUGAGACAAGGAUUGAUAAUGUUAGUGAAGACGGUGAUCAGUUUGGGUCUAUGAGUGAGAUAGCUUCCUGUUCUUAUGAAGCUAGAGCUAAAGGCAUCACAAAUGGAAUGUUUAUGGGGGCAGCAUUACGACUAUGCCCUGAUUUGCACACCAUACCUUAUGAUUUUGAGGAAUAUAAAGAAGUAGCAUACACCUUGUAUAAUACAAUUGCACGAUACACUUUAGACAUAGAAGCUGUGUCUUGUGAUGAAAUGUAUGUUGAUUGUACUGAGUUGUUAGAUUACCUUAAUGUAAGUGUUGAUGAUUUUGCAACUGCUCUAAGAGAAGAAAUAAAAAGUAAAACUGGUUGUCCAUGUUCUACUGGUUUUGGUGGUAAUCGCUUGCAAGCAAGGCUUGCUACUAAACAAGCCAAGCCCGAUGGCCAAUUUUUUCUAACAUCAGACAUUGUUAAUAGCUUUAUGUACUGUAUUAAUCUUAAAGACUUACCAGGUGUUGGCAGACAAACAUCGCACAAAUUAGAAUCUCUGGGACACCAGAUGUGUGGGUCCCUUCAAAGUUUAUCAUUAACUUGCCUUCAAAAGCAUUUGGGUAAUAAAACUGGUCAACAAUUAUAUGACCAAUGUAGAGGACAUGAUCCAAACCCAUUAGUGUAUUAUACAGUUAGAAAAUCAGUAUCAGCAGAGGUAAAUUAUGGUAUUCGUUUUGAAAAUAAUGCACAAAGUGAAGAAUUUUUAAAACUACUUUGCAUUGAGGUACAAUCUAGAAUGCAACAGUUUAAAGUAAUGGGAAAAUGUAUAACACUUAAACUCAUGGUUAGAGCUGAAAAUGCUCCUGUAGAAACUGCCAAAUUUAUGGGGCAUGGGUUUUGUGAUGUUAUCAAUAAGUCUACUACCCUACCGACUGCUACUAAUGAUGUUCACCUUAUAACCAAGGAGGUGAUAUCCAUAUGCAGAAAACAAAACAUAGAUCCAAAAGAAAUGAGAGGAAUUGGAAUUCAGGUGACAAAAUUAGAAACAACUAAUAAACAGGUUAAAGGAUCUAUUAAUAAAUUUUUAACAAACAAUACUUUAGUAAAAUCAGAUAAAAACAAAUUAGAAAUUCUUAAAGAAGAUGAAAAAAAACUUCCAACCACACCAAAGAAACAAAAUAUCCAUAUAUCUCCAAUAAAGAGAUCUCCUACAGUUGGAAACAUGAAAUCUCCUAUCUUAAAAAGAAGAGGAAGACCACCAAAAAAUGGAAAAUUACAAAUUCCCACAUCUCAUACCCCACUUGGCAGAUUUCUUCAAUUUCCACAAAUUAUAUCAGAAGAAAAUAAUCCUAAAAAAGAAAUAAAUAGAGAGGAAACUAAAUUAGUAGAUAUACCUAAACAGACAGAGGAAAAACAAGGUUUGCUUGGCUUGCCAUGGGAUAAAGUAAGAGAUUUGCUUAGAGCAUGGUUUGACAGUGGACAGGCACCAAAACUAUGCGACGUUAAUUUAAUAUCUGCCUAUAUGCGAGAAAUGGUUAUAAAUAAAAAUAUAGACAAGCUCUAUAUUUUAGUAAAUUUUUUGAGAAGAAGGAUAAGAGAAAUGAAUAUUGACAUCUGGUACGAGGUACAGGAAUGUGUUAUUGAUGAAGUACAAAACGCAAUGGUAGCUGUUUAUGGAAAAAAGUUGUGGAUAAAUGAUCAAUAAAUGAGAAUAAUAGAAAUAGUUAUUUAUUUAAUGUUUAUCUGUUUGUUGUU